AUGUUAUGAUAGCUGUUUUAACAUUAAGUUACGAUUGAAUUGCCUUUUGUUACAGUUGUGAAAUAGUAUCACAACUACCAGGAAAUUUUCAUGGGCCAUUGACACGAGCAUAUUGAAAUUGUUUAUUGUAUUUUAUCAUGUGGGUUCAGUGAGGUUUUCUUUUCAGGCAAAAGGAAUAAAAGUGGUGUGGGGUGUUCAGGUAGGCUUUUCCUUUUCUUAAUUUUCAUCUAUUUACAUUAAAUUAUUUCACAACCUAAAUAUUUAAUUCGGACAUCUGGGCACCUGAACGUGCUUCAAUCAAGGCAGGUUACCGAGUGAGAAGUGAAGCACAUCUGAUGACCGAUUGUGCUUGAGUAAUGACUUUAUGCUGCCGCGAGGAGGCGCAUGCGCGCAAGUAUUCCGCACAGUUAAAGCUUGAAGCUCAGCCGAAAGCUCAUCUCCUUUACCAGAGGUCGUGAACAGGUAACCGAAGCAUCACCGCGCUGGAUCUAAUGGAAGUCUGGUGGAAAAUGUUUACGUUGAUCUUGGCUUAACUUUUCACCAAUCUGAAGAUACUUUAGAGCCUUUAAUUGUUUGGGUUAUACAUGAUACCAAGGUGUGAAGGAAGAAAACCAAGCAAAGAAGAAGAAGAAGAGAUACUUAAGAAAAAAGCAGGUCUAAUUUUCUCUUGUAGCCAACAAUCUUGUCUGAAGAGGUAAAUGUGAAUUCUGUAUUUGAUACAGUGUGGAAGAAGAGACUGAAUUGUGCUCUGGCUUGUGAACUGACAGAAAAAAACAAACAUGGAUUUAAGAUUGUCCGGUUUUCCAUGGUCUUCAAGCUUUUUUGUCCAUAAAUGCAAACUUUGGUACCUGAAAGUAAGGUAGAACAUUUCAAUCGUUACCAUGUAGUUUAGAUCUUUAGAUAGUUCACCCACUCAACAACACAGGAAAACAACGAUGAAUCUGACCCCAGAUCAGCCACCAACCCAACUCUAUGACCUUCAACGUGAACCUCAAAACAAAAGCAGUUCCUCAUCAGCCAGUUUCUUCAACAGCACCUUCUUCUUCCAGGAUAACGCCGCUUUAGAAUGGCAGCUGUUCCUCACCAUCCGAGAGCCUGGCACUAUUAUAUUGACUGUCCUGUACUCCAUUUCCUUCCUCGUGGGUUUCUUCGGAAAUGUCAUGUCCCUCAAAGUCUUACUGGGCCAGCAUGGAAGUGUACGUCUGUCGGGGGUGAGCGCCACCCGCUGUCUGCUAAUAAACUUAGCCGUGUGUGACCUGGCGGUGGUCUGCGUGUGCAUGCCCGUCACCUUGGGCCACCGUAUCUACACACCAUGGAUAUACGGAGACUUCCUGUGCCGUGCCGUGCCCUUCACACAAGCGGUGUCUGUUUCCGCCAGUGUCUUGAGCAUCACAGUCAUCAGCAUUAGCCGAUACUAUGCAGUUCACUCGCCGCUGCAAUCCCGUGCCUACUUUACUCGCCGACGCAUUCUGGCCUCUGUCACCAUCGUGUGGCUCGUCUCCUCAGUGAUCUGCAUGCCAGUCGCCAUUGUAACCAGGCGUGAUGAAGUCGCUCUGAUUGACGGUCUGGCCAUCGUGUUACCCGUCUGUGGAGAAGUUUGGCCUCAGCCACGUUUGCGUCAGGUGUACAACGUCUUGCUCUUCAGCGCCCUCUACUGCCUGCCUGUUACGUUUAAUCUCACUUUAGCCUUUUUGACAUGUCGCCGACUGCGCAGCUCUGCCACCGACGGUCGAUUCACUGAACUGGACCCUCGUUCUCAGGCUCUUCAUGAAACAAGGCUUCAAGGGCGUAGACAGAUCGCACGUAUGGUCACAGCUUUGGUGCUGCUUUUCGCUCUCUCGUGGUUGCCUAUGUAUGUGACUGAUAUUUGGCUAGACCGUGAGCUGCGCCAUCCACCAGACUGGCUCCUACAGACCAGACCCUUUGCACAGUGGUUGGGCCUCACCAACUCUUCUCUCAACCCUUUUUGCUACUGCUUCAUUGGUGAUCUCCAUCGUUCGGCGAAGGCUUUGCGUUUGCGGCUGCUCGGCCCGUCACCAGCUUCAGCGCUGGCUCUGGCGUCUCUCCCGAAAAUAUUCAACCUGCAGAAUCAGGACAAAUCUCCAGUGGUCGCCACUGACAGCUCACCCAACUCCUGCGGGGAGGACGCUGGGAGUCUGAAUCUGUCGAUGUGGUGGACUCAAUCUCGCACAUGUGAGUCAUUGAGCUUGCCUUACCACUUAGGAAUGACUGAGGCCAUUACGCUGGAUUCAUAGCAGACCUGACGCUCUGACGUUUGUUCUCAGAUGUGCUGUGUUUGUGCUUCUAGAAAAUCGCAUGGGUUAGUUCACAGAAAAUUCAGUUUGCUCAUCCCUUUUGUCAUUUCAAAAUUGAUAGACCUUUUCUCUUCUGCAGAAGACAAAAUAUGACACUGAGUUUUUCUUUGUCUAUAUGAUAAAAGACAGUAUUGUUCAAACAAUAUUGGCAUCCAUUGACCCAUAGUGGCUCAGUGGUUAGCAUUGUCACCAAACAGCAAAAAGGUCACUGGUUUAAGUCCCAGCUGCCCCAGUUGGCAUUUCUGUGUGGAGUUUGCAUGUUCUCCCUGUGUUCGCAUGGGUUUCGUCCAGGUUUUCCAGUGUCCCCAACAGGCCAAGACAUGCGGUAUAGGUGGACUCCCUACUGAAAAAAACAGCUUAAACCAGCCUAGGCUGGUUGGCU